AUGGAUGUAACUAUCACGGCCUGGGUGACUGAAAGCAAACUGGGAAAUAAAAGUGACUGGGCAACCUUGUAUUCAACAAAUGAUUUGAAUUUUUUCAUCGUCAAUUUUCUGGAAUUUAUCAUUUCCCUCGUGGGGCUGGCAGGAAAUGCUGUGGUGCUCUGGCACCUGAGCUUUUGCAUGCAGAGGAAUGCUUUCUCCGUCUACAUCUUCAACUUGGCGGGAGCCGAUUUUGUCUUUCUUUUCAUCUGUACUAUCUUGUCCAUGAAGAUAUUUUUCAAAAAAUUUCUUUUUCACUUCAUCCCCAGUCCCCAGGUUUUCUUCAUAAUGUUUGUCUUUGCCUAUGUUGCAAGCCUGAGCAUUCUUAGUGCCAUCAGCACUGAGCGCUGCCUGUCUGCCCUAAAGCCCAUCUGGUAUCGUUGCCACCGCCCAAAACACAUGUCAUCUGUCGUGUGUGCCCUGCUCUGGGCCCUGUCCCUGCUGCUAACUAUCCUGAGGAUGGAGUUCUGUGGCUACCUAUUUGGAGAACUUAAAGAAUAUUUGUGUAAGCGACUUGAUUUCACUAUUGCCACAUGGCUGAUUUUCUCCUUUGUGCUUCUGUUCGGGUCCAGCCUGGUGCUGCUGACCAGAUUGCUGUGUGGUACCCAGAUGGUGAAGCUGACCAGGCUGUAUGUAACCAUCGGGCUCACAGUACUGGUCUUUCUCCUCUUUGGCCUGCCUUGGGGUAUCAACUGGUUCCUCUUAUACUGGACACAGUUUAUAUAUGAUAAUGACUCCUAUAAAUAUAAAUGCUUUAAUCUAGCGACAGAGCUACUAUCUUGUGUCAACAGCUGUGUCAAUCCCAUCAUUUACUUCUUUGUUGGCUCUUAUAGGCAGCAGAGAAGACAGCAAAGAAGGAACCUCAAAUUAAUUUUGCAGAGGGCUCUGCAGGACAUUCCUGAGGAGGAUGGAAGUCAAGGCAGUCCUCCUCAGGAGACUUUGGAGAUGUCAGGGAACAGUCAUGUGUCCUAA